AUGUACAUUAUGCAGUCGCUGGCAAUACUGUUUCUCGCGAGUCUGGUCUCUGCCCAGGUAGCACCAUACGGACAAUGUGGUGGAAGUAGUUAUACAGGCACCACGACUUGCGAGACGGGGUGGGUCUGUCAAUAUCAGAACGAGUGGUAUAGCCAAUGUGUCGCAGCAACAGGCACCACCACAGCUACCACUUCAUCAACGACAAGCAGCACCACGAAGGCCUCGACAACGUCCACCAAGACUACAAGUUCGACAUCAACUACCUCAACUACUGCGCCAUCCUCCACUGGAUUUUCCAGUGCGAAUGGACUGGAAUUCACUAUCGAUGGGCAAACCAACUACUACGCUGGAACAAACUCCUACUGGAUCGGUUUCCUUACUGACAAUGAUGAUGUGGACCUUGUGAUGAGCCACCUCAAUGAGUCCGACCUGCGUAUUUUGCGAAUCUGGGGCUUCAACGAUGUCAACACGGUCCCCUCUUCCGGCACAGUAUACUUUCAGCUUUUGACAGACGGUACAGCCACCAUCAACACUGGGGCCGAUGGACUAGAAAGACUGGACUAUGUUGUUUCGUCCGCGGAAGCGCAUAAUAUCAAGCUGAUCAUCAAUUUUGUCAAUAACUGGUCUGAUUAUGGUGGCAUGGCCGCAUAUGUCACUGCCUAUGGCGGCACCCAGACGGGCUGGUAUACGAACGAUGAUAUCCAAACAGCCUAUCGCAACUAUAUUCAGGCUGUGGUUUCUCGCUAUCAUGACUCUCCCGCCGUGUUCGCGUGGGAACUGGCCAACGAGCCUCGCUGUCAGGGUUGCGACACGUCUGUCAUUUACGAUUGGGUCGUGUCAACCAGCGCGUAUAUUAAAUCCCUCGAUGCGAAUCACAUGGUCUGCAUUGGUGAUGAGGGGUUCGGGCUAGAUACCGACUCGGAUGGCAGCUACCCAUAUACGAUCGGCGAGGGAUUGAAUUUUACCAGGAACCUAGGCAUUGACACUGUCGACUUUGGCACUUUCCAUCUAUAUCCUGAUAGCUGGGGGACCACCUACGCAUGGGGUGAUGGGUGGAUUACAGCCCAUGGGGCUGCAUGUGCAGCAAUUGGAAAGCCAUGCCUUCUCGAAGAGUAUGGUGUGACUUCCAACCAUUGCGCUGUAGAGGCCCCAUGGCAACAAACAGCACUUGAUACGACAGGUGUAGCUGGUGAUAUGUUCUGGCAAUAUGGCGACAGUAUCAGCACUGGGGAGUCCCCGGAUGAUGGCAAUACUAUCUAUUAUGGAACUUCGGACUUUACAUGCCUUGUGACGGACCACAUAGCUGCUAUUGGCUAA